CAGGAGCAAGCAGCUAUCUCUGCGAUCCUUCCUCGACAUCGUACAUGCAAGCCAGUCGUUCCUGCAUCCUCAGAGUUCACACAUUCUCUCCCACUCCAAUCUCUACGUCUGCCACCGGAGCACUCAACCUCAACCUCGCCGACACACACCCGGAAUCAUGGAGGCAGAAUACGGCGACGUCUCCAGGGUCCUGGAGGGGACAACGAUUCUCGUCACAGGUGCUGCCGGAUUCGUUGGCACUGCCCUGCUAUACCGGCUACUCCUCGACCCCACCCUCAAGACCAGUGUCAAGCGCGUGCUUGCUCUGAUCCGGGGGAGCACCUUCGAGGAGGCCGUUAAGAAGCUGCCGCCAGUCCUUCGCGAGCUUGCCCGCCCCAUCGACACCGACGACCCCGAUGCGAAGCUCCUGAUCUUGCGAGGCGAUUGUCGCCAUGCGCAGCUGGGCCUCACUGGACCAAGCCUGCAGGCUGCUCGGCAGGCGGAUGUGGUCAUCCAUGCGGCCGGGGAGACCCGUUUCAUGCUGGGUCUCUCGGAAGCCAUGGAUUGUAUCACCGAUCUAGCCUACCAGGCCGCGCGCUUCUCGCUGGGCGCGAGUAACGUCAAGACGCACAUCCACCUGUCGACGACAUAUGUUGGGUGGUUUAUGGGGAACGGCUCUACCGUCACCGAGGACUUUCUUCAGAACGGCCUGGGCGAAGACGAUGAAGAGACGCACGCAAACACCUAUCUGCAUGCCAAGACACUCGCUGAGGAGUCGGUCAACGCGCUCUUCAAGCCCCAAGCUGGCCGUCCCGUGCAUGGAAAAUCGGUGCGCAUCCUCCGCAUAUGCACGCUGGGAGCUGCCGCUGCAUUCCCCUCCCCGGGAUGCGGUGCCUGCCAAACUAGCACGCCUGUAUCCGCCGCGCUUGCCGCUGUGCCGGUUGCCGAGGACUCCCCUUCCAUGGCCUGGAUCCCAAGGGACUCUUUCCUUGAUGUCCUCCCCGUAGACAUCGCGGUGAAUCAGAUCCUCGCCCUGACCGCGUCAGCGCACAGGAACCACACUCUUCCUCCCGCCGCUCUGUCUCACCCGCGCAAUGUCCGCAACCCCGUCAACGCGCGUGGCACCAACGUGCCUGUGUACCAUGUCGCCAGCGGCCUGUCCCCACAGAAGCAGCUGCGGUUCCUGACGCUCAACAAACAAGAGGUCAAGAUCGCACAACCAUACGUCAAGGAGAAGAGCCUACUGUGCUGCUACAUGCCAUUCAUCGAGAAGCAGGUGCAUUUUGACGUCUCGCGGGCGCGCUCCGCCAUGGGCACCACAUUGCCCGUUCAGUUGGAAGACGGCAUCGUUGACAGCAGCGUCCCCACACUUAUGUUUCCAGAGGCGGUGGAGGAUCUCGGCAGCGAUAGGGCUUCUGCGGCGUCACCAUCCAUCGCGCCGUCCCCAGAUGGAAGUAUCAUUUUCGAUGAGGACCUCGUCGCUGCUGCCAGGCGGAACAGCAGUGCGGCGCUUAGCGAUCUUUCCGCCUCCGUUUCUGACAUGUCCAGUGAUGGUGAGGAGAAAGAAGGCCGACCCAGCGUGUCUGCCGCCCCUCGUACUCCCACAGCUACCACUUUCAACGUGGGCCGCACAUGGGCCGACCAAUCCAUCGACUGUGGAAUCCUCGAGGUCGACUGCGCCAAGGCACUGGAGGCGCACUUUGGGCCCAUGACGGCGAGCGCAGACUCGGCGGCCUGGGUUGGCUAUCUGGAAGCCGUCAGGGACGAGAUGGAUAGACACAUGCUGCUUGCGGCCGAGGACUCAUGGGUGGAUUGAGGAAUGGUAGACCAUUGAGGGAUGUAAGACGUGGUUUAGGAAGGUCUCGGUGCUGUUGUAAUUAUUACCCGCCAGGGGGACGCUAUCCAACGUGUGACAGAAUAGGUGGGCGAAGAAAUGUGUUCAGGAAACGAUGAAAUAAUUAAUAUCCCUCAGCUUUUGGACUUCUUGUUGGCAUAAUGAUGCCCACUUCACUGUUUUCCCCGGUAAUCCACCAAGGA